AUGCUAGCCAAAGGUCCUUUACGAAAGAAACGCAAUUUUAAAAACCUAAAACUAUCUGACUCACCUGUGGUUGCAAGUCCUUCAACAACAUCUACAGGUGACAAAAAUGGCCAUGGUGGUAACAAUAACAUAAAAGAUGACUACGGCAAGGUAUGCAAUCAACUCAAUGACCUAGAAAUUGGACUGGAAUUACGACUAGAUUUACGACCUGAAGACUUUGAUACUGUGGAUGAACUUGGACGUGGUAAUGGUGGAACUGUUUGUAAGGUAUUACAUGUACGAACUCAAACUGUCAUGGCCAGAAAGAUCAUUCACAUUCAAGCCAACUCCAACGUACGGAAACAAAUUAUGCGAGAAAUGCAAUUCUUACAUGAUUGUAAUUCGAAACAUAUUGUCAGUUAUUAUGGAGCGUUUAUGCAAGGUGAUGAUAUCUCUAUCUGUAUGGAAUACAUGGAAGUUGGUUCAUUAGAUGCAAUCUACAAACGAAAUGGCCCUAUUCCUUUACCUGUACUGAAAAAGAUUGCAUAUGCUAUUGUAGACGGUUUAAUAUAUUUAUAUGAAGCUCAUCGCAUCAUUCAUCGAGAUCUGAAGCCAUCUAAUGUACUUGUGAAUUCUCAAGGACAAAUUAAAUUAUGUGAUUUUGGUGUAUCUGGUCAAUUAAUCAACUCGGUAGCGGAUACUUUUGUUGGUACAAGUUCUUAUAUGAGUCCUGAACGUAUUCGAGGAUCACCUUAUACAAUUCAAUCUGACGUGUGGUCUUUAGGAAUUACGAUUAUGGAACUCGCUCUGGCAAGAUUUCCUUUCCCGGCCGAUGGUACUCCUUUGUCUAUUUUUGAAUUAUUACAACACAUUGUCAAUGAACCUGUACCGACCUUCCCACCAAACAAAUACCCCAAAGAUCUAACCUCAUUCGUGGAACAAUGGUAA